UUGCAGUCAUCCAGCUCUUUGAAAGCAUCUUAUGAAGACUGGCUGCUGACAUACGGCUUGAGUGUCUCUCCUUUUCACAUGCGAUGGCAAACUGCUCUCUUCAACCGCCAGUUCUACAAUUGGGGGCGAUGGAAACCCAGAUUUCUUUAUCUAUGGUUCAGCAUAGGGAUGGUGUUUGGUAUAGUUGCCAUGUUUGGAUCUGUUAUUCUUCUUGGAAAAACACUGAUGCAAACACUGACACAGAUGCUAACUGAGGCCCCCAAAGCCCAGAAUGAUCGUAUGCUGCAAGUUGUGGUGCCUGGUGUAAAUUUGCCUGUCAGCCAGCUGACCUAUUUCUUCUCUGCAAUCCUCAUCAGUGGUGUGAUACAUGAAGUCGGCCAUGGGGUGGCAGCUAUUCGAGAACAAGUACGACUUAAUGGAUUUGGGAUUUUUAUCUUCAUUGUCUAUCCUGGAGCAUUUGUUGACCUCUUCACAACUCACUUGCAACUUAUAUCUCCCGUCCAGCAAUUAAGGAUAUUUUGUGCAGGAGUGUGGCAUAACUUUGUUCUUGGUGUUGCAAGUCUCAUGGUUUUGUUUCUGCUACCAGUCAUUCUUUUCCCUUUCUAUUACACGGGUGUUGGGGCACUUGUCACGGAAGUCACAGAGGACUCUCCUGCCAAUGGACCAAGAGGUCUUUUUGUGGGAGAUCUUGUCACUAGCCUACAAGACUGCUCAGUUUACAGUGUGGAAGACUGGAAUUCCUGUCUAGGAGACAUUUCACAGAAGUCACAGAUUGGCUACUGUAUAAAUGCAGCAACCCUACAGCAAUUAAGUUUUCCAGCUAGAGUCUAUAGAAGACUCGAUGGCACAGUUGAAUGUUGUAGUAACAACAGCCUCACAGACAUUUGCUUUUCAUACAGCAAUAACUUGGACAGCCACUUGUAUUCCUGUCUGCCAGCACGAAAAGUUAUUGAGGCCAGCCAAGUUUGUCGAACCAACAUGGACUGCCAGAAGGACUUUGUUCCGAGCUUGUGUGUGAUUCCUUCUUUAGAGAACCAAACAAGGCUAAUCAGGGUAAAACAUCCACCUCAUAUUGACAUGCUGUUUGUAGGACACCCCAUGCAUCUCCAGUACACAGUAAGUCUCAGCAGUUUUGUACCACGACAUAACUUUCUAAGCAUUGAUCUGCCUGUGGUGAUAGAGACAUUUUGCAAGUACCUAAUUUCACUGUCAGGAGCAUUGGCAGUUAUCAAUGCUGUACCAUGCUUUGCCUUGGAUGGUCAGUGGAUAUUAAAUUCUUUCCUGGAAGCCACUCUGAGCUCACUGAUUGUAGAAAAGCAAAACAGGGAGCUUGUUGGCUUUUUAAUUUUACUCGCUGGCAGUGCGCUUUUGGCUGCCAAUGUUGCAUUGGGACUUUGGAUGGUGACAGCACGGUAGGACAUUGGGUAUGCUUCCAUCAGUUCUCAAAGUACGCAGAAAUAAUGGAUCCAUUGCCUUUCAAAACUUGUUCAGUACUGAGAUUGAAAUAAUUCCCUUAAAAUGACACUGGAAGAACAGUCACUCGUGGCUACUGUUUCAACUUAAAUCUGUACAAUGUUGUGCCUGUGAUCAUGGAAAAACUGAAAGAAAGAAAGUGAGAAUCUUUUUAUAUGCUCUUCAAAGUACUGUACUAAUUUUGGAGAAGUUGCAUUGUACAACUUCACAGGAAAAAGCCUAAAGCUUUGUUAAUUUAGAUUCCAAAAUAAGGGAAUUACUUGGCCUCAAACAUUUGUAAAGUGGGAGGAAGAAACAGUUAAGUUUUCUUUUUUAGUUUAAAUAAUUGUCAAAUAGUCUUUGUGGAGUCUGAUCGUUUUUCAGUCAGCAUAGUCUUGAAUGUAUUGUUUUAUUUUUUAAUCUGAUGAUCUACUAAACAGGAUUCUAAGAAACUCUGAGGUCUGAGCUCAUCUUAAAAUGGUGAAAAGCUGAGUAAAUGCCAUGUGUUAAUGAGGAAAGAGACGCCCCGUGCAUUAGUAUCUUUUCUUUCCAGCUGGUCAAUAAGGCUGGAAGGACGUUGUCCUCAGGAUAUAGAUGAGAAGUGCCAGUGUCUGUUAAGAAUGGGGUAUGUGGAGGAUAACAAAGCCCACAUGUCUGUGUUUCUUCAACAUUCAGUGGUAUGUUACUGUGCAGAGCUGAAGGUUUUUAAAGGCAAUAGUUUUCAGCAAUAGCUAGAAAAUAAACUGGAAUUAUAGUUUCUGAGGUUUCUGAGUGCUGAAGUAUGCUGUGCAAAAUUAUUCCUAAGUGAUAAGUAAUGUUUGUAUUUUUUUAUUCAGAAGAUAAUACUGUAUUGUACCUGUUUACAGUUAACAGUGAAACCUGUUGUUUUUUUUGUGUCUAUCUUCUGCUGCUAUGCAUGCAAUACAGUUCAUGUACAGUAACUCACUGAUGUUUCUAUCUUUGAAAGAGUUGUUUUCCUUUGCUAGGAUUCAUUCUAAUCAAAGAUGUUUAGUUGAAGCUGCUCUUGUACUGUUUAGAGGAAGAGUAUGAAUGUGAUAUGAACUAUUUUAACAUUUGACUUUUGCUUUCUAAAAUGAAUAUGGACCAUAUCCUUGUUGUUAAAUGAACAAUGAACUCGAGUAGAACCAAUAUUUUGCUCUGAAACCCUUUUAAGUAUGUUGUAUUUUGUACUCAGUAGGGAUAUAUACUGUCAUGUACUCCUGUGACAUAUUGCUUAGUUUAUAUAAAUCAGAGUCAUUCAGAUGUUUGUCUUUAAUGCAGGCUGAUAUUUUCAAAAAAAAAAAAAAACUUCCAAUUUGGGAGCCUAAAUAAUUGAACUAGAGAAAUUUUUAAAAAUACUAAGCAACUUCCAUCUCAUACAGUGCUCCCAGUUGGAACUGCUUCAGUUCAGAGUUCUUUUGAAGAAAUGGCCUUUCCAUUCAGGAACUUAAGUGGAAGCUGGAAGCCAAGCCUGCAAAAAGUGGCCUGCAAAGAGCAAUGAAGCACUCACGAUCAGCCAACAUAGUCUUUUGGUGGUGGGGGUAAAAGCCUGCGUAAUUUUACCAGCAGGAUUAAGCCCUGUUUCUGGUGCUACUGCGUGGACUCACAACUCUGAUGUUUGCAUAUGCCCACUGUAUAUUUUUUGCACAGUAGCCUUCACACUUAAAAUGACUAUGAAAUGACGUCAACUUGGUUUAGGAAAUUUUUUUCCUAAGAUGAAAAAAAAGAAUGAGAGAACAUGUUUGUUUAUUUGUUGUUUUAUUAGUUUACUUCUCUCUCCAGUGCUAUCACAGGCUUGGCCUCCUGAAUUUCACUGAUGUAGAGUAGCAGCCCCUUGCCUCUGAUUUUCAGUCAUUCCAACCUGGGCAUGUCAGCACAGAUCCUGGUAAGAGAGUAAGUCAUCCAGUCAGUCUAGUGUGAGUCAGUCCCUUUGGGGACUAUUAAAAGUCAUAAAGAACAAGAAAGGAAAAAUAAACUAUCAGAAUCUGCCGAAAGGCUUCUCUUUCUUCAGGAGGCAUCAGGCAAGUCUAACUCAUCACUCAUACAAUAAACUUAACAGCAAGUACAGAGUAACACCUCUGAUGUGCCAUUUUUCCAUCUCUGUGUGGACAAAAGUGACAUGAGCAGCAUGGCUGUUGCAUGAAGCCCAGCUCUGAAGCUCUGCUCUGGAAGUCUGUUCACUCACCUAAGUUGGCUGGUCACUAAUCUGAGCCCUUCCUUUCCAGGGCAUCGUGCCACUUUCCUCUGUCUCCGUAUCUUGUCCAGGCUGUGCUGCACAGAAUUAACUUGCAUUUAGGAGGUUUAAUGCAAUUUACUAAGACAGCAUAUUCACUUUUCAAAAAGGCUACCAUUGUUUGUGUAUCUAAAGCAACAAAAAAUGCAUCUGGUGGUUUCAAAAAUAUUUUGUGAAUAACAUUUGAAGUUUGAUACUUUAUGUAUUCAAGUUGACCCCAACUGCAUGGAACAAUCUGUUCAGCAUAAUAUCUUGCCUACAUCUCCAGAGGGAAUAUUAAAAAAAACAAACUUUUUUUUUUUUUUUUGGAAUAACACACAUGUUGAAGAAGACACAAGUUGUAUCUUCUAUAAUGAGGCUGACAGGUUGUUCUUGGUUAUUUAAUGUGCUACCAAAACCUGAUGUUUUACCAAAGGAAAAUAAAUCCAAUAUAUUUUACUUUAUAUAAUCAAUUAAGGCCAAACUUGUAUAGAGCAGAACGUCAUGUGUUUGACAUUAGAAUGAAACUGAGGCUGGAGAAAACAUUGGUGGUGGUUUUAGCAAAACACACUAGUACACUGUAAAGACUCUAAUUAACUUCCGUGGGCCAGAUAGUCCUAUAAGUGUUUAAAAAUAAUUCAUGGGUCCAUUCCUGCAUAUGUUAGAUUUCUACUAAAUUAGGUUAGAUUUAGGUAUGUACAUGUACUCUGAAUCGAGGUGUUAAGCUGGGAUCACUCAGUGCUCUUUGUUUAAAAGGUGACCCAGCGCAUAUCAGAUAUUACUUGUGGACUAAGGUAAUUCUUGACCACUUUCUGAAGAAAAAGCUUUCCAGCAGAUCAGUUUUGUUCCUCUGUAAUCCUAACCUAUGGAUUACAUUUUGAUAAGCAAGUCCAUUUUUGACUAUAGAUAGCUAUUGGGAGUUUUUGCUGGUUUUUGUUGUUGUUAUUUGCUUAUGUAUAUAGCAAGACAGAACACAGCAGGCCAUACAAGGUUUUUUGUAUGUUGGAGUUUUAUUCUGGAAUAUUUGCAAUGUUUGUCCUAUUUUAGUUUUUGUAAAAAUUAAAGAAAUCUUUAUUUAAAAUGAAA